AUGAACAACGCCUCCUUGAGGAAGUACAACGCCUUCGCCUUGAAGAACAACGCCUUCGCCUUGAAGAACAACGCCUUCGCCUUGAAGAACAACGCCUUCACCAUGAAGAACAACGCCGCCCGGCGCAUUAAUGCCGAGCGCGAUGCGGCGGCAGCGGCGGUGGCCCACCAGAGAGAGCUAGAAGAAAACAGGCACCAAACGCUCCAAGCAUACCUUGCCGACAUCCACCGCCUCAACUUUGUGGCCGCGCGGCUCGCGCCGGCUGUCCCCAGCAGCAUACGCGCGUUAUCCGACAACCGUAAGUCGAAAUCGACCACAGACGGGCGGACGAACAUCUUUGGGAAAUACUACCCUCUCAAGAUGCGUCCCUGGCCGGUGUUAUUUGACGACUGCCAGGCCGCGUUUCACCGCAUCGAAACCGCUCUUGCGGCAGUGCAGAGCUUCCCAUCGGCGCUCGUGAUGCAGUCCCACGAGGACGAUUUGAAACAGAAGAUCCCGACCGAGUUUCUCGAAUCGGAGUCGUUUCGCAACGAGGCCCAUACCCAUCUGUUUCUCGACUACGCGUUGCAGAUGCCGGCCCAGCGGGUUAUGAACGCCUACCUCGCCACAAUAGAUGGCGGCCCGCAGAAAAAGCUGUUGAUUGACAACUUUACAGCUGGUUGGCACUCGCAAGCCGCCAGCGACAGAGCCGCCGGGAGCAGUGAGGGCGCAGAGGGCGCCGGCGUUGGCGCGGGUGCUGCCUCAGCCUCAGCCUCAUUGCCCGUCAAGACCCGGCCAGACUGUCUUGUGCUUUGCGCGAAUGUCUUACCCGUCGAACUUGCAGAGGCCGAGACGGUUAUGGACGAUGGCGAGGACGAUGGCGAGGACGAUGGCGAGGACGAUGGCGAGUUAGAGCUGGGUCAAGUCCACAGAGUAUAUCGGAUCGCGGUCGGCGAACACAAAGCCCUUCACCGGCUUCGGACGGCCGUUGUGUCUCGUUUUCUGCAACGCCCCAUCGAAGAAAACUUUAUGCUGCGCUUGGCAAGAAGCACAAAGACAGGUUCUAUCGCCCAAGGUGCCGCGCAAAAUACCGCAAACGAAGCGGCCCUCGGAGAGAAUCUCACCGGUAUUCCGCCCGGCCAAGUGUUCUUUGCCCGUGCCUUGACACAAUCGUUUCACUACAUGAUUGCCUCCGGGCUCGAAUAUGGCUUCAUGGCAACGGGCGGGACGCUGACUCUCCUUAAAAUCGCGAGGGAUGACCCGACCGUCCUCUACUAUCAUACCAUGCUCUUUCCCCAAUACUGCCGACCUAUGCCUGACGCCGGAGCGACCAAUGCGGCCGGCACGCCGGACACGCCACUUGCCGUUACAACACUUUGCGGCUUAUGCUUGCUGGCAUUCGAGUCCUCUGCUGAAAGUCCACGGCGAAGGAGCAUCAAUAUAUCGGGGUUGGCGCCUUUCCCUCAGUUACCAUCAUCCUUGGUCGAGGAUCCUGCUCAGCCGUCGCGUGCAUCAUCUGACCCGCGACGAUCGCCGAGUAGAGACGGCAGCCGAGAUCGGCGCAGACCUCGCGACGACAGCGACAACGAUAACGAUGACGGCAGUGAUCAACCAAGACGUAUACUACACCAGCCGCGGCAAUCGUCUUCCUUGAAACGGCAGCGCUCGAUUGGCGAUGCAAUUGAUGAAGACGUGCGUCACGACUACAAGCGGCAGCGCGCCGGCCUGCCACCGAUAAACAAGCCACUUCCUGUGAGCCGGUUCGAUCCGUCGUCUUUUCUUCCCCUCCGGCCGUACUGCACACAGGCCUGCUUACGGGGCCUCGUCGAGGGGACCCGCCUGGAUCUUUCUUGUCCAAAUAUCGUUCUACAUAACGAGGCGCUCCGUGCGUGCACGGGCGCCCGACGCACGGCGGUGCAUGCGAUCACCAAGAACGAGUUCCAGUCCUUGUUGCAAGAACAGCUCCUGGGGAAUGCCGAGCAAGAUUGCAAGUGCCUCUCAGACGACGGCUUCCGUGGCGCCAUUGGCUACCUCUUCCAAAUCACGCUGACCGGGUACGGCUACACGUUUGUCGCCAAAGGCGUCGAGAACCACUUUGCAAAACGGUUGCGUCACGAGGAGCACGUGUACGAACAACUAGCUGUACACCAAGGCCGCUUAAUUCCGGUGUGUCUGGGCGUCGUCCGCCUGCGGCUUCCGUACCCGAUGGAAAACUGCGGGCUCGUGACACAUAUGCUGCUUAUGUCCUAUGCGGGGCUUCCCAUCCAUUCGCGUGCACUUCGCGUGCAUUUGUCGCGCAAGAAGUGCGUCGUCGAUGUCGAGGUCGAGGCCGAGCGUACGAUGCAGCAGCUCGAGGCAGACGGGUUGGAGGAGUUGGACCUCGAGAGCAAUGGAAACUUCACCUGGUGUGCGGAGACGGGGCGUGUGAUUAAGAUUGACUUUGACCAAGCGCGCAUACGGCAGGGGAAGAAGACCAAAGACGGCGCCAACAAGACCAGCGAGCCCGGCGCGGCAUUGAAGGAGCGGAGGGUGAUGGAUGACGCAUCCUACACGACGAGUAGCCCGGUAUAUAACCGACCGCCAGCGUCUCUCAUCGAGAGUCUAUUGCUUGCCUAA